AUGGCUACCAGAUUCCACUAUUUUGACGCCUUUGGGAGAGGAGAAGUUACCAGGCUGAUUUUGAAGCACUUAGGUCUCGAAUUUGAAGAUGUAAGGCACACUUACGAGACCUGGGGGAAAGAAAAAACAACUGGAAUCGCUGAAUUCGGCCAAGUUCCUUUGCUUCAAAUUGACGGUCACAAUCUUGUGCAAUCCAGAGCCAUCGAAAAGUAUGCGAAGUUUGAUAUAUACGACUAAGAAGAUACAUAAAAUCGUUAUUAGAUCACUCUAAAAUUUUUAAAAUCAACUUCCUCAUAUAAAGGACUAUUUUAUAACCAAUCACAAAUAUACAAUAUUGUUUACUUACUUAGAAGGGCUGGACUGCUUUCACAAGAUGCUUAUGAGAACUACCUCUCAGAAUCCCUUGUCGGGUACUUAGAUGAUAUAGGGCAAAUUAUUGCGAAAUUCGUCUGGGUCGACAAGGACUUUGAAGGGCUUGCCAAAUUCAAUCAAGAGCAGCUUCCUGAAAAGUUAAGAAUUAUUGAAAAAAGACUUAACGAUAGCAAUACCCACUCUGCUGGAAACACAAUUAGCCAUGCUGAUUUUGUUCUCUUCCAAUUUGUUCAUGAUUAUUUCUUAAGACCUCAAAGGGCUGAACAGUUGAGACCAAUUCUCGAAGCUAGCGCUCCAAGACUUAUUCAAUUCGCUGAGAAUUUCAAGAAUGCAAGUCACAACUUGUCUGCUUACCUUGCAACAAGGGCUGAGAUGCAGUUUUAA